UCGUGAUCGUCAUGUUUUCUAACAUGUUGUUCUGUUUCUUUCUCUUUAUUUUGCAAAUUGUAAAUGUUACUUCAGACGGUGUCUUAGGGUGUGGGGGGUUUGUAAAGUCCGAUGUGGAUAUUAACUUUUCUCUGGUAGAGGUAAAACUUUACACAACACAUGGCAGCAUAAAGUACCAGACAGACUGUGCCCCAAAUACUGGAUAUUAUCUGAUUCCAUUGUAUGAGAAGGCUGAUUUUAUUCUGAAAGUAGAGCCACCUAAAGGAUGGAGCUUUGAACCAGAGAGCUACAGUCUGAAGGUGGAUGGAGAGACAGAUAAAUGUAGUCGUGGGGAGGACAUUAAUUUUAGAUUCACGGGAUUCACAGUAUCUGGAAAGGUGAUUAGUAAGGGUCAGUCUGAUGGUCCAGAAGGAGUCACUGUAACCUUGUUGAAGACAGGCACCACCUCUGUUCUCCAGACCACCACCACCGGAGAAGGCGGGGCCUACUCAUUCUCCAAAGUGAUGCCAGGAGACUAUACCGUACAGGCCACAUCUACAGGAUACAAGUUCUCACAGAGUGAGGCCAAGUUUACAGUGAAGAGAGACAAUGUCAAUGUGCCUAGUUCAGUGGUCAUCUCUGGAUACCAAGUCACUGGUCGUGUGCAGAGUGAAGGUGAAGCCAUCAAGGGAGUUAACUUCAUUCUGUUCUCAAAACAGUUCAAAAAAGAGGACAUCUCGGACUGUAAGAACGACAUCCCCUCCAGCUUUUCCCACUCCGAGCCUGUCUCCCCUCUCUGUUAUGUUGUGUCCGGUGAGGACGGAUCUUUCGUGUUUCCAUCCCUGCCAGUGGGGGACUUUUUUAUUGUACCAUUUUAUAAAGGAGAACACAUUCGUUUUGAUGUGGCCCCAGGAAAGCUUGACUUUCAUGUCCCUCACAGUCCCUUUACUAUUCCGGAGGUUUUCCAGGUGAAAGGAUUUUCUGUAACUGGAAAAGUUCUAGAGAGCAGCAAGGGAAGUGGAGUAGGAGGAGCCAAAGUUUUGAUUGACGGUAAGCAGCAGGCGACUACAGAAGCAGGCGGGAAGUACCACCUAGAGAACAUGAAGACGGGGACAUACAGAAUACAGGUCCAGAAGGAUAAUGUCUUCUUUGAUGAGAUCAGUGUUAAGAUUACUCCGAAUACCCCUCAGAUACAAGACAUCAUAGCAUCAGGGUUUCACAUGUGUGGUCAGGUCAUCAUUGAUAAAUUACCAGAUGGUGUUCAGGGGUCUGCUAAGAGGAGAGUAAUUUAUUACCCCCAAGGGAAGGCCUCAGAUGCAGAGUCUGUAUUGACCGACAGUGAGGGUAAAUUCUGCUCCCAGGUCAAACCAGGCAAAUAUAUCGUCAAGGUACACUUGACAGAUGAGGAGACUAAGGCAGGCCUUCAGUUAGUUCCCAGUGAGAAAGAGAUCACAGUACAGAAUGCUCCAGUCCUGGAUAUUGUGUUUUCACAGUUCAGGGCCAAGUUGUCAGGCUCCAUCAAGUGCUUAGAGAAGUGUGGUGGAAUGGAAGUUUCCUUGAGUCCUGUCAGCAGAAGUGACAACAAACAGAUUACACAGGCCAAAGAAGGUGCAAAAGGGACCGUUUUCCAGUUUGAGAAUAUUUUACCUGGAAAAUAUAAAGUAACUCUCCUCCAUGACACCUGGUGCUGGAAAGACAAGACCCUGGAGAUAGAAGUGAAGAACAGUGAUGUCAUAAAUGUAGAUUUCACUCAGACUGGAUAUAUCCUAAAAUGUACAAUCUCUCAUGAAAUCAUACUGCACUUUGAACAUAACAAGAAAGCUGGGUCCGUAGGCUCCUUCAACUUAAACAAAGGCACAAACCGCUUCUGUCUAGCACAGCCUGGUGUUUACAAACUGAGACCAGACUCCUGUCACAAGUUUGAAAAAGAGGAAUAUAUCUAUGACACAGGUAAUCCAGAGUUACUGGCCUUGACAGCAGUGUCUCAUCUAGUAGAGGGCAGUGUAACAGCUGAGGAAAAAGUGAAUGAUAUUCAGAUAGACAUCUCGUCCAGUAAAGAUGGUGAGGUCGUGACCCUUGGUCCUCUCACUGUCAAGGAAGAAAACAAGGGAUCCUUCAUCUACAAGUUCCAGCACUGGGCAAGAUCCAAUGAGAAGAUGCUUUUCACAGUGAAGUCCAAGGAGCUCCUGUUCAGCCCAAGUUCAGUGGAGGUCACAGUCGUUGGAGACACUUGCCCAGGUGAGGCUGUAAAAUUUGUAGGUAAGAGAGGAAUUUUCAUCACAGGAAGUAUAAAACCCAAACUGGCAGGUGUAACUGUGACUGUCACUCAUAAAGAUGGCUCAGCAGAACCCAUCGUCAUAGAAACACCAGAGUCAGGAGAGUUCAAAGUUGGUCCACUACACAGAGAAAAGGAAUACGAAGUGACAGCAGAGAAGGCAGGCUAUGUAUUAGAGAAGGAGAAAGAGAAACCAUUGGUAUUCACAGCAUCCAAGCUCGGGGAAAUCUCAGUUCAGGUUGUUGAUGAGAAAAAUCAGCCUCUUUCUGAUGUUCUUCUCUCUUUGAGUGGAGGAAAGCAGUACCGCAGUAAUAAUGUCACCAGAGAAAAUGGAACAAUUGUCUUCAUUGGUCUGAGCCCCGGCCAGUAUUACUUGCGUCCAAUGAUGAAGGAGUACAAGUUUGAGCCUAACUCCCAGAUGAUCGAUGUCCUGGAGGGCACCACCAUGAAGAUCAGCAUUAAAGGAAUCCGAAUUGCAUACAGCUGCUAUGGAUUUGUGACGUCUUUAAAUGGUGAAGCAGAGCAAGGAGUGAUUGUAGAGGCAGUGGGUGACAAACCUGAGUGUAACCAAGAGGAGAGCAAGACUGAACCUGAUGGCUCCUACAGGAUAAGAGGGCUACAGCCUAAGUGUACAUAUCAGAUUCGUUUGAAGUCAGAAGUCAAUCCACAUAUAGAAAAGGCUGCUCCACAGUACCAGGAACUAGUGGUUAAGGACUCUGAUUUCACUGGUAUCAAUAUUAUUGCCUUCCGCCGUAACAAUCAAAUGGACGUCAGUGGAAAUGUGGUCACUGAAGAAGAAUUCCUCCCACAUCUCAAGGUGCGCCUGUACCGAGAUGACAAUCCUGAUUCCCCGAUACACACCUCUAGUCUUGGUCCUGUGUCUUUCUUCUAUCUCCCUUCACUACAGAUGACUAAUGAGAAAUACUUACUACGUCUGGAGAGUACUCUUUCUAAGGCGGCGUAUGAAUAUGAUUUACCAGAAAUCAGCUUCCAGACCAACAAAUCUUACAAACACUUCACAUUCAAUUUCACACCCAAAAGGAAAUCAUUAGAACAAGAGUUGAGUCAGAGCUCUGUUCUAGCUCUACCACUAGCAAUACUUAUAGGAGUAGCCAUUUAUAAUUACCAAAAGUUAUUACCAGUACUUUCAAAAGCUGUAGUCCAAAUUAAAACUUUAAUAGCUGCCAGUCAGAGUGAAGUUGCCCCUAGCAACGGUUCCAGCGAGCCAACCACAUACUCAGCUAGUUUUACAGAGCAAUCUAAAAAGAGGAGUAAACCCAGAAAAACAUGAUGUCUUAAGAGCAAUAAAGAUACAUGAUGUAAUAAUUAUAUUUAUCACAUGUUUACUCCUUUACAAAGUGGAUAUAGCUCAUAUGAUAUUGUUUUCAUAUCAACAAUAUUGUGACAUCACAAUGGUUUUUGCGUAAAAGUGAUAAAGUCAAUUGAUUCAAGUAGAUUCACAUAUAAAACAGUGUAAAACGUGAUAAAAAGAUUCUCCCAUUGGUUUGUGGUUAGAUAUGCUCAGGCAUAGAAAACACACAACUCAUUGGAUAAAAUUCAUAUCCAACCACAAACCAUGGAGAUCCUAUAUACAGAUUUUUGAAGACAACAUUUAUGGUUUGAAUAUGAUCUUAUAAUGAAUUUGAUACUUGAAAAAUUUCAUAAAAUUUUAGAUCUAAAGCAAUAAUAUUCAAAUGGAAACUACAGUAUAAGUAGAAUGGGUUUUUUUUAUGUUCUCUGGAUAUCUGACUACAAAAUACAUUAAAUUAUUAUGAUAAAAGACAAAGAGAAAUUCAGCAUACAUGUAUAUUGUUUAUACAGCGGAUUAAUGUUUUGUGUAUUUAGACUUUUUUUAUUUGUCACAGCUUUACUGUGAUUCAACAAUGCUAGUGUGAUUUUAGGAGUAUGUUUGAUUGAGCAUGAGUAUGUGCAAUAAAGUUACUAUUCAUGAAAAUCGUGUUUAUGUAAUUCUAAGUAUGUUGUUAUUUUUGUGAGAGGAAAACAAAAACACUGAUUUUUUAAAAUAUUUUUUGUGUAGUCCUGUAUAGUUUUAAAAGCAAUUUUUGUUAUAAUUUAUGUUGGUGCAAAAACUAAAUGUUGUGAUCAUGUUAAUUACCUAAUGGAAAGACUUUGAUGAUUUAAACACAUUCUGUUUGCUCUGGUAAUCUUAGAGGCAAUGUCUUAUACUAGUAAGUAUAACAAAUUUGCGUGUAACUUAAGAAGAUAGUUUUGGGAAAUCUGAGUUUUACCCAAAUAUUUUAAGAUGUGUCAAUAAUAUGUUACCUAGUUAUAAAUUAAGAAUGUUUGUAGAUUGCGUAAGAGAAUUUGGAGUGAUUUGUAUAGUGUAAUUCACAAAAUCAAUGAAUGUAGGAUAUUUUGGGGGAGUUCAAUUGAAGUUGUUUGUUAUCAACAUUAAAACAGGAUUCAAGAUGAAAAAAAUCUGUUGUAUCAGUGAGUAGUUCUUUAUAUAGCAGAGCAAGGUGUACACAGAGUACCUGUAUCAUGUCAGUGUUUAAGUCAUGUGUAUAAGUUCUUUUUUGUACCAAGAUUGUGAACCAAAUGCUUGACUUUAAUGUGUAAUUGAAUGGAUUUGUACAGUGUGCUCUAAUGUAUGAAUGUAACUUCUUGUUGAUCUCAAAUAACCUUGUAAGUUAUCUGAAUACAUGUACAUGUAUUUGUAUAUUAGAAAAAAAAUAUUUAUACAAUAAACUACAAUGAUUUA